AUGAACGUAACGCAACUCCAAUCGCCUCCGCCACUGCCGUCGCACAUGCAGCGAGUUUCGAAGGAGGCCUCUGAGAAGAAUGCGGAUUUCUUGGUCCUUCGUCUGCUCAACAAACGCGCUCGAGUGCGCUUAUCCCCUCAGCCUCUCGAUCUUGAUGCUCUUCCUGGACAAGGGCGGCUGUUCGCUGUUGCUAAUAGCAAGGGGUGCUUCGCAGCUACAGUCCGAGGAGCAAAUGGCUCGUAUGGCAAGUCUACAUAUUGUCUACUGAGAUCAUUUGUUAACAAACUCAUCGCUGCGCCACUUGCGGAUCUUCAUUCCACGUUUGCGUCCUUAACAAACAUGGACGCUGAUUUUUCACCAAAGACUAAUGUGGCACUGCCUGGCGUUCCACAGACGGUAAUGUUUGCGCAUAAUGAUACUCGUCUGAUCAUAUGUCUUGUGGACGGUUCGAUCAUUGUAUUUGAUACGCAGCUGUUGCUUUCAGGUGGAGUUGGUGUGCCCCUGCAUACCUUCCCAUCGAGCAUGCCCAUUCGUCAAAUUGUACCCAAUCCCGGAGACAUGUCGGAACUAGUGGCCGUACUCCGCUCUCCUGAAAGCAGUGGACUUCCAGUCGAGGUGUAUGACGUCCAGAACAUGAAAUCGGUGGGAGGCUGGAGAUCUGGCUCUACGCCGAAUACACGACCCACGGCUUUGUCCUGGUCCCCGAAGGGCAAGCAGUUAGCUAUAGGUCUCGAGAGCGGCGACAUUGUGACUUACAGCCCUACGGCUACAGGUUCGUUGAAGAGUCUGAUACCUAAGCCGGCAACUAUCGGCGAGGAAAGUGUUAUUGCUAUUGAUUGGAUCACCAACACGGAGUUCCAUGCUGUAUUCUCCGGGAGAGGUGAUCUUAAUCCUGAUAGCGAACAGAGUCACUACAUCGUAUCGUUUGAUUCUAAAGCGAAUCAAGUCGGAGAUGUCAAGCUCAAUUCUCCCUACCUGCCUUUCCCUGGCCUUCGUCCACCUGGGCAGUUCGUAGCCAAUUUUCGAAACUGGGGAUCUGCAAGGUUUUUACUGUUCAUAGGGGACAGCACGUCGUCGGAUAUCGGCUUACUUGGGAGCAUCACGGAGCUAGGGUCUCCCCUCGAAACCUGGUGCAAUCUGUCGUUGGAGGAAACCUCAACGCCAACAGUUCCUCUCGACAAGGACAUGAAUGACACUGUUCUUCUCGCGCUGGAUGUGGAUUUGACUUCGACCAAACCGUUCCGGCUAACUCAGGCCUCAGGGGAAGAAGUGGACGUGCCGCCACCUCCCAUACUGUAUGCCUACGCCAGCGAUGGGACUCUCACAGGUUGGCAUGUAGUCAACUCUCAGGGCACACCUUACCCUGGGAUGAUCGACGUGAGCGGUGCCGUUCAGCGAAGUCAGUCAGGGGAGUCGUCGUCGGCGAUUUUUGCUGUACGGCCUGGCGCGUCGGCAGCAUCCCCGACCAUAUUUUCUACCACUCCAACCUCGUCGCCUUCGAAAGGUGGGUUCGAGGCAUUCGCUUCCGGAUCAGCAAAAUUUGGCCAGACUGGUUUCAGUAUGGAUACAUCCACGGCUCCCUUAUCCACUGUCCAACCAGGUCCUGAACCUGUGGCCCGCGCUCCUAGCAUCGCUGAAGAAGCCAUGGAUUCAGAAGCCACCAAUGCAGGAUUUGGUGGUUUGUCUUUGGGUGGGACAGACGCUUCAUCUGGCUCACCUACACCCAGCACGUCUUCAGUGUUUGGGUCGUUUACUGCUCAGCAUUCGAGUAUGAGUAGUGUUUCGCCCACCUUUGGGACGUCUGGCUUCAGCAAGCCCAGCGCAGGCUUCGGCGCGUUCGCCAACCUAGGUGCUCCGAGCUCAAGCUCUCCGUUUGCCGCCGCCGCAUCAUCGAUGUCUUCAGACAUCAAACCCGCUGCCGGUUUUGGAGCCUUCGCAAAUCUGGGAACUCCUUCUAGCUACGCUUUCUCGCCCGCUGUUGGCUCGUCAUCGUCAUCCACAUUGGCAGUAGAGUCUAAGCGCCCAUCGGCAUUUGGACAGCAAGUAUCUGCACCUUCCUUUGGACAGCCUGCAUUUGGACAGCCUGCCUUCGGGAAACCGGCAUUCGGACAGCCGACCUUCGGACAGUCUGCCGCUGCAAAGAGCGCUUUUGGACAGCCCGCUUUUGGACAGACCUCCUUCGGGAAAGCAGAGACGGAGAGCGCGAAAGCGGGAGAUAAUAACAGCACAGCGAGUACUUCCGGAGGAGGGUUUAGUGCGUUUGCCCAAGCUGGUCCAGUGAGCUUCGGCAGCGCGACACCCAAGGCAGACGCGAAGCCUCCAUGGGCAUCCAGGGCAAACGACGAAUCAGCGCGUGUUGUGAACGAAAAGGAAAAAUCUAGGUCUAUCUUUGAACCACUGAAAGCAGAGCAGCCGCAAACCCCUUCAAGGACUCCUGAUCCGGGUGCUAGCCAGCCCAAUGUCAAGGCUUUUGCGGACCUCCCUAAGGAAGCAUCUAAAGAGACUACGAAAGAAGCACCCCAAACUGCGGCAGAUUCCCCCAAACCGUUCACACCAUCUGCACCCAGCGGUAUUUCUCCAUUGACGAGUAAAUCUGGAGCCUUUGGUCAGCUUCAAACGUCGCCGUUCGGCUUUGGUCAAAUCAGUGCGGGAUUCGGUGCUUUUGGUUCAGCUGAUGUGUCAUCGUCACCCUUCUUUAAGGCGGCCAAACAGGAGCUUCCUCCUCCAACCGCAUUCUUAGGCGGGUCUUCACCUCCGCCAACUGUAUCUCCAACGGCUGACCCUACGAAACCUACGUUUGGUGCACCUUCGGCCUUAGGAAACGCUCGGUCAGUCUUUGGUAGCCCCGGUGCGGGGACCUUGACUACGCCUAGUCCGUCGCCGAACAGCGGCGCGUUUGCCGCGUUUAGUGGCUCUAAAUCGGCUUUCGGCGUUUCGGGUGCCUCAGGUAUAUCAUUCGGAGACUUGUUGCGACAGAAAUCGGACGAGGACGAGAAAGCAAGAGCCUCAGGGUCGCCUAAGACUCCAUCAAGAUCACAAAAUGAGGCGUCUGGGUCUGUAUUCUCAGCAUUCGCAAGACAGGGUAAUACGCCUGUAAGGACGGGAUCCCUGGCCUCGCCACCUGACUCUGAGUCAGAAUCAGACUCAGAAAUCGACGAUGGCGAGGAAGAUGAGGAUGCCGUGAGCACUGCAAGAGUUGUUCUCCCACAAGGAGAGUUUAUAGACGAUACAGCCGAGUUUCUUUCUGAUGAAUUCUCCGAUGAGUCCGAAAGCGAACUCGUAGAGGUGACUCCCGUUGCUACAGCCGAUUCCACUAAGAAAGUACCGAACGAGACAAUUCUGAAGGUACCGACGACUGUUGAUAGUUUAUCCUCUCCUGGCGAAGCGACUAAGGUGGGAACAUCUCCAACGCGAGACCCUAGUACUACACCUCCAGGAUCUCCUAGUCCCGUCAAAAGCGCCGCUUCCCCGUCAUUGCCGUCUCCAUCUCCGUCGCCCAAUUCUGCAACACCCACCGGUUUUCCUUCACUCGGCCUUGGUAGGCCGUCAACACGUCCGACACGAAGUUCGCCUUUGGCUAGUGCGCCGAUAACCGGUGAUGAUGACAAUGACGACGAGCCUAAGCUUUCGACUGGGCGACGCGUGUCUACGUCUGCGCAGGUUGAAAGUGGAUCCAAGCGGAGUCGAGACGAGGAACAACCACAGACAUCGAGGCCAAAGACUCCCCCGCUCUCGUCCACAUUUGGACCCAGUACGCCUUCUUCAGUCGGGUCGACUAAUGAUAAAGGCAAAGGCAAGGCUCCUGCGUUUGGUUCUUUAAACUUCACUCCAAAACCGAGCCCUACGCCGCCUCCGUCGGUCUUCAGCUUACAAGGGCAAACAUCCAUGCCAUCACCUUCCAUCGGGAGCAAUAGUGCUCCUCUUUUGAGUUCUUCGACGGGUGAAAAUUUGCCUUCCUCGUUCUCGCCAAAGCCUGCGCCUCCCAUUUCGCCGGCUUUGUCCUCGCCAUCGAGUAUAUUCGGAAAUCCUAGUAUGGUGUCGCCAGUAUCACAGACAAGCGGAUCACAGGCAAGACCUGCGUUUGUGCAAGGCUCAUCUAAUAGAUCUACAGCUGCCCAACAAGUAUCUGGGAAGUCAGCAGAGGGGCCUAUCGCUGAGGCCGCAGUGCUCGUGGAAGGCAUGCAGGCCGAGUGUCUCCGUUUGUUCGGACUUGUUAGGAAGGAACUGGAUCAGUUACGUGUGGUGAGCCAAGAUGCUGGGCAGAAGAAGGAUUUGCUUUACAAGUCUGGUAUCGGGAGUGGUACAAACGCUGCCCCGAUGGAUAUGAGCAAAUGGACAAUCGGUGACCUGGUACGACUGCAACCAGCCAUGCUCGUCGUCGAGAAGGAACUUGCUGGUCUCAAGGGUCGAAAGGCUGAUUACGAGGCAUCAAUUCAGGAACUGGAAGGGCAUCUCUUGAAAGCGAGUGCUCGAAAAGAAGAAGUAGUGCGCUUUAGUAAGGCUUCAAGCGACGCAGGAUUUGCCAGAAUGCUGAAGGCGAGGACUUUGGCCCCUGAGCACCUGGAAGCUCAGAGUCAAUUACGAAGGGACAUUCGGGUUUUGCGCGACAGACUUAGACAGCUUGAGGACCACAUACAGGCAUCUAAGAAGAAGGCCAAGCUUAUGAGGGCGGGAAAGCCGGAAUUGAAGGCCCCGUCGCUGGAUACCAUCAACAGAAUCUAUCGUAACAUCGACGGUGCUAUUGAUCAGCAUGAGGACGAAGUCGCACAAUUAACCGCGCGAGCUGCUAGGCUCAGCAUGAGGUCUGCACGAAGUACGCCUUCAAAAGACAGGGAUACAACUGAGCGGGAGAAUGCUCGUUCGUCGGAGGUGACGCCCCAUUUCGCUAGAUCAACAGCAGCUGCUCUCAACGCAGAGAUGUCGGCACAUAAGCUCAAGCGAGCUCUGCUGCAGGCGCGCAAGGAACCGCUCCUGAACACUCAAGCCGUUUCCGCAACACCGGCUGUACCUACGCCUGAGCCUUUGUCGACUUCCCGCGGGAUUAUACCAAACAUGGUGAAAGAAGAAGCCCCUGCGUCACCUCAGUUGUCGUUCUCUAUUCCACGGAAAUCAAUGCCGUCAACUCCGGAAAUGGCCAAGGCACCUUCGAUUCCUACGACUCCUGCAACUCCCGCGACUCCUACGCCCGAUUUCGAUGAUGACACAUCUCACUCUCCUGGGACGGGCUCAAGACAUAGAUCGGGAGGAAGGUACCACGCAAAGGCAGUCCCGCUUAAGAAGACCUCCCCAAGCCCUAGUGCGGCGGCAAAUUUUGAUUGGGGACCGUUACCUAAUGUUAGCCCAUCGUCAACGCAGACGAUGAGCAAGCUUCCUGUCCCGCUACAAAGCUCUCCAAGCCCUAGUCCGGCAACAAGAUUUAAUUGGGGAGCGUUGCCUGAUGUCAGUCCCUCGUCCGCGCGGACACCAAACCCGCUUCCUGUCCCACUGACUUCAAGCUCUUCGCUCCCAUCGGCGUCAAUAUCGGGUGCAUCCCUGUCGGCUUCGUGGGUGGUAGAGGGAUUCGAAGGGAAGAAGUAG